AUGGCGCAGCUUCAUUCCUCGUCGGAGCAACAGGCGUAUCAUCGUCCUGCCGAAAAUGGAAAACACCAGUUUGUACUUUUUGCCUGGCCCGGGGAUAGCAUCAAGUACUUCGACCUUGUUCCGGGGGGGCGGGCCGCGGUCAAGGAGACCAUCUCCGCCAUUGCCGAGGCUGUAGCACGGUUCGAACCCGUGAAACUGCUCGUCGAGGAAGCUGACCUCGAGGCAGCCCGGGCACGCUUCUCUGGUAGCAACGUGAAGAAUACGCACACCAUCGACAUCUGCACAGUCAGCACCGGCUGCCCAGAUAUAUGGAUGAGGGAUCUUGCGCCCACGUUUACCGUCAGCGACGCCGGCAAGCUGCACGGCGUCGACUUCAAUUUCAACAACUGGGGAGACAGAAUACACUCUGAAGCAAGCCGGCAGCUAGCCAGGUCUCUUCUUGCAGCGCUCGACAUCCCGCGCGUCCCGUCGUCCAUCGUCACCGAGGGCGGUGCCAUCGAGAUCGACGGCCAGGGCACCAUGCUCGCCAGCGAGAGCUCUAUCCUCAACGAAAACCGCAACCCCGGUAGGACGCAGGCUCAGGUCGAGGCUGAGCUAAGCCGUAAUCUCGGCGUGCGCAAGUUCAUCUGGGUGCCCGGGCGGAACGGCGUGGACUCCACCGACUUCCACAUUGACGCGGUGGCCCGGUUCGUCCGCCCCGGCGUGAUCCUUUGCUCCCAGCCGCGUGACGUGCCGGCCGGGAAGAGCAAGGCGGAGGAUGAGUGGAUCGAGGCGCAUCGGGAGGUGCGCCGGAUCCUGGCCGCCGCCACGGACGCGCAGGGCCGGCCGCUUGAGGUCGUCGAGGUGCUAGAGCCGCGAAUCACAGAACAGUGCCAGCUGCAGGGCGUGGCGCAGGAAGCGCCCGACGGCUCCCGCGCCGUCUUUAGCUACGCCAACUAUCUUCUGGUGGAUGGCGGCGUGAUACUUUCCCAAUUUGGUGACGUAGAGGCGGAUGCGGCGGCUUUGGACACGGUGAGCAGGCUGUUUUCAGAGAGGGAAGUGGUGCCCAUCAAUGCGCGUUGGUUGGGCAUUUUCGGCGGUGGUAUCCAUUGCGUUUCACAGGAGGUUCCUCUGGUCUAA